AGAUAUCGUGCCUCUGGCGUUCAAACGUCAAAUUGGACCAUAACGUGUUUGACGUUAUUGACUUUGCAGUAAGUUGUUUAACAUUGUUUACGACUAGUGAUAAAUGUUUGUGACUCAAGGAAUUAAAUUAAAAUGAACUCUAUACGGUGUAUGGAGGUACUAUAUUUGUUGGUCGUGUCCGUGAGUGUGGUGCUAGGCGCACCCAGUGGAGUGCACAAUGUUACCCACGUGGAUUAUCUGAUGCCGGAAGUCCAGCCCAAACAGGCGGACACUUAUCUCUGUAACCCGCUGAAAAUGGGCAAAGAGGUGAAAUACAUCAUCGGGUUCGAGCCGCAUGCUAACAUGGCCAUAGCACAUCACAUUCUGCUGUAUGGUUGCGAAGAACCCGGAAGUCACGAGGUCUGGAAUUGCGGCGAGAUGGCAUCCAAGACGAGCUCAUACAAAGUGGGCCCGGUGUGCUCGUCCGGGGCUAAGAUCCUGUACGCCUGGGCCAUGGACGCUCCCGCCCUGACACUACCCGAAGAUGUCGGUUUCAAGGUGGGAGGAGACACGGGCAUCAACUACCUCGUGCUUCAGGUGCACUACAAGGACGUCACUUCCUUCCUGCCGCCAAAAAAUAGCCACGACAGCUCGGGUAUCACAAUGACCAUGACAGACACUCCUCAGCGGCGACGGGCGGGAGUUUACUUGCUGGGUACCGGUGGCUACAUUGACGCCCACACGGUCACCUACAUGGAAACGGAGUGCCCCUUCCAGGAGAAGUUUGACGUGCACCCGUUCGCCUUCCGAACGCACGCCCACGGGCUCGGUAUGGUCACUUCCGGUUACCGCAUUCGAGACGGUCAGUGGACGGAGAUAGGCCGCCAAACACCACAGAAACCUCAGAUGUUCUACAAUAGCACCACGCCUGGUCUAGUCAUUCAUCAAGGUGACAUUUUGGCUGCUAGAUGUACAAUGAAGAAUGACCUGGACAGACGGAUGUACAUCGGGAGCACACAAAACGAUGAGAUGUGCAACUUCUACAUGAUGUACUACACAGAAGGUGAUGACAUCAUACCGGGAACGUACUGCUUCUCGCAGGGCCCGCCCUCGUACUACUGGGCUGACGACAUCAACAUGCGUAAUGCGAUCAAGAACAUUCCCCCCAACGCAAGUGUGGUUCCCGGCGAAUCAAAACCAUUAAAGCAAACCGCAGUGAAAGGCAAGUAUGAAGAUAAAAACACUGUCGCAGACGACUACUCAAACCUUUAUGACGUCAAAGGCGCCAACAUGAACACCGACCUCGCUAGUAUGCCGCCACUCGAGCUGCACCGUCUGCUGACGUACUUGCGGUCACGUGGGCCGCGUUCCUAUGAUGACGACUUGUACUAUAAUGUGCACAUCUGCACGUAUGCCCAAUUCGGGUUCUUAUCUAACCACACGAGGUCGAGACGUAUUCAAAGAUACGACAACAAUCUCCGAGCACAAUUUAGUACGCAUAAAUGUAUAUACAUAUCUUUUCGAAUGAUGAACAAGGAAUAUUCUUUUGGGUGUAAACUUUUCAUUUUAAUUCUGGUCUUACUUCACUGCAGCCAUGUUGAUACGACCGAAACGUACACAUUUACAAUUCGAAUGCCAGACGCUGUUGCAAAAGAGCUUGAUGCCCUCAUAUGCCACGCGGCGAGACUAGAUCCAGAGGAGGCGUACAUAGUGGAGUACGAGCCCCAUGCCUCGAGGCACGUUGCCCACCACAUGAUGGUGUACGGGUGUGGUCUGCCUGGCUCCGAGGAGCCGGCCUGGGGGUGCGCGGCCAUGGACGACCGCUCCAACAAGUCUGUGUGUGCCGACGGUGAGAGACAGAUUCUGUGGGCCUGGGCGAUGGACGCCGAGGGACGGAAGUUCCCUAAAGAUGCCGGGUUCCGGGUGGGUGGCGACACAAACAUCAACUACAUUGUCAUCCAGCUGCACUACGCAGAAAAGUUCAGACCCGAACAGACAGAUAACUCAGGAGUUACAUUGCACAUAUCGAAGGAAAAACAGCGGUACCAGGCCGGCUAUUACGUGCUGUACACCCACGGUUAUAUACCUGCGAUGACACAGGAGUACCACCUUGAGAGCGCCUGUGAGUUCGGCCGUAACUACUCCAUCCAUGCCCUGGCCUAUAGGACCCACUCACACUCUCUGGGUGUGGUGACGUCCGGGUAUCGGGUUCGACACGGUGUAUGGACAGAGAUAGGGCGCAUGUCACCGCAGCUACCACAGACAUUCUACAAUGCUACCAAUCCUGGCCUGGAGAUUAAACCUGGUGAUAUUCUGGCUUCUCGGUGCACAAUGAGCAGCCAAAGGACUUCUCUGACUCGCAUAGGCCCUACGCACGAAGACGAGAUGUGUAACUUCUACCUCCUCUACUACACGGAACAUCCGGGCCGACUGCGCAUCCAGUACUGUAUCCGGGACGCGCAGACGUUCCACUGGGCAUCCUACCUUCCCAACAUCCCCGCAGGAGCCAGCUCCUUAGAGGGCAUUCCGCCGUUCGAGCGCGUGGACCCUUUUGCCGUUCCUUUUAGGGACCAACUUCCGCAUCAAAUGUAGAUACUUUAUCACGGCACUGCAGAUUGGCAGAAUGACAUUUCGUGUUAAAUUUAUAACUGCGGAAAUAUGUCUUACUGCCUAUAAGUUGAAUUGCAGUUAUUAAAUCUCAAUUCUGUG